UUUAGCAAAACAGAAAUGAAAAACCGGAAACGAAUAAUGCAAAAAGUAAACAAGCAAAUAAGUUUUUUGUAUUUCAGUUAUUUAAGCACGUGUUUUAAGCUAAAUACACGGCAUUUGUUCUGCAUUUUCCAACAAGAUUGUUAGAUGCACUUAAACAAUCUCCAAAUAUAUAUGUAUUUAUAUACUUCAUUUGACUGAAAUAAUGGACACUGUCAAAAAGGAAAGCUACCAGUAUCACAUUGCUGGGGUUGCUCCAGUUAAAUCUGAAUAUCUCCUUCAAGAUCAUGUCAGAGAACUGAAUUUAGAUUUUGUUGCUGCCAAAGAUAAGAAGAAAUUUAUACCGGGUUGUGACAAAGAUUCAUCUGAUGAACCACCUGCUAAAAAAUUAAAGGGACAAAACAAAUACCGUCCUCGUAGUCAAAAAGCUCCAAGAUCUGAAAAAUUAUGCUUUAAAAUAGGCACUGAAGGGAGCUGCCCCUAUGGAGAGAGUUGCUGUUACAGCCAUGAUGUCAAAGCAUAUUUAGAAAAUAAGCCACCAGAUCUGGGUGAUGAAUGCUACUUGUUUAGAAAGUAUGGUAAAUGUCCUUAUACAUUUUCCUGCCGGUUUGCAAAGGACCACUUUAAAGAUGAAAAGAAUGUUGUUGUAGAAAAAUUGUGGGAAAAGUAUAAAGAUAAACAAUUAAACUGUAAUAUGCUUUCUAAAGAUUUACAAAUCGCCUUGAGAAAAAGAAGUUACAAUUUUAAAAAAUCUGAUAAAGCUCUAAGUAGUGCUCACAUGCACAAUGAAGCAAAUGACACAAUUUAUGUUAAGGUCCCUCCGAAAGAAGUUGAUGAUUCUUCAAAUAAAAAGAUUGAUAAUAAUUGCACAUUGGAUCAAAAUUGCUCACUAGUACCUGACUCAGAAAUUAAAGAUCAAAAAAAUUCAGUAGAAGCAGAAAACUUCAAAAAUGUUAAGACAGAAGUUUUGGAUAAUUUUUCUAAAGAUGAUACUUUGCUUCUACCAGAAAUUAAGAAGAUAGACUUCAAAGAUAAACUGUAUUUAGCUCCUCUUACAACAGUAGGUAACUUACCUUUCAGACGAAUCUGUAAAGAGUAUGGUGCUGACAUUACUUGUUCUGAAAUGACUUUAGCUCUAAGUCUUCUUCAAGGACAGCAAUCUGAAUGGGCUCUUAUUAAGCGACAUCAUACAGAAGAUUUAUUUGGCAUACAGCUGUGUGGUUCACAACCAGAAGUAAUGACUCGUUGUUGUCAAGUUUUGUCAGAAAAUGCCUCCUUUGAUUUUAUAGAUUUGAACCUUGGUUGUCCUCUAGAUGCAAUUUAUAAAAAGGGUGCUGGUUGUGGUCUUAUGAACAGAAUGAGAAAAUUAAAAACCAUACUACAUGGUGUUUCAUCUGUUAUUGAUGUUCCUCUUACCCUUAAAAUGAGAACUGGUAUUUAUUCUAAUGAAAGUCUGGCAGAUAGUUUGAUUAGAAAGUUAAAGGAACUAAAGACACCUGUGUCACUAAUUACUCUUCAUGGUCGAUCCCGAGAGCAAAGAUAUACCAGGUCUGCUGACUGGGCUUAUAUUGAUAAUUGUAAUAAAAUUGCUGAACCCAUUCCAUUAUUUGGAAAUGGUGAUAUUUUAUCUUAUGAAGACUAUAAUGCAAGGCGUGCCGAAAGUAGUGUGUCGGGAAUCAUGAUAGCAAGAGGAGCUCUGAUCAAACCUUGGAUUUUCAAGGAAAUUAAAGACCAGUUUCACUGGGAUAUAUCAUCUUCUGAAAGAUUAGAUAUUCUAAGAAAAUACUCAAAUUAUGGUUUAGAGCACUGGGGUUCAGACACAGAGGGUGUUGAAAAAACUAGGCGAUUCUUGUUAGAAUGGCUGUCUUUUUUAUAUAGAUACAUACCUGUUGGAUUGUUGGAAAGAGUACCGCAACAAAUUAAUGAAAGACCACCUCCUUAUUUUGGACGUAAUGAUUUAGAAACAUUAAUGGCUAGUCCUAGUUGCACUGACUGGGUUAAAAUAAGUGAAAUGCUGUUGGGACCGGUGCCAGAGAACUUCAUUUUCUUACCUAAACACAAGGCAAAUGCAUACAAAUGAUUUUUAUUUAUAUUUUGUUAAUAAAUUGGUUAUGUUAUUUUUGAAUAAAACAUUUUUGUAGUUUCUUUUCUUUUA